AACUUACUCUAAGAGUAUUUUAAAAAAAAAAAAACAGAACAUUUUCUUCUUCCUCUGGGAUCCAUAAGUUUUAGAUUUUGGUGGUCAGUGUCGGAUGGAGUGUAAUGCGAAGCCAUCGUUUCAAUGGGAAUUGGAAAAUUUGAUAUCUUUUGGUACUUCAUCACCUGAAAUUCCUAGAAAGCUAAAACCAAUGGAGUGGGAAAUUGAUGGGUUUGAUUGCACUUCUCUGUAUUCUUCAAGCUUUGCUGCAGUAGCUUAUGGUGGUAGUUCAGGUUCUGAUCUAGCUAAUGCUUUCUCUAAAAGCUCAAAGUCAACUAGUUCUUCAUCAGCUGAAGUGAGAACACAUAAUUUUACAUCAGAAGCUGGUGAAAGUCUUCCUGGAGAAUUAGGCAGCAGUGAAGAGUUUUCAAAGGGAAUUGAUACUUCUCCAAGUCUUGAACUUUCUUUUGGCUCUGGUGAUCCGGUUCUCGGUUUAAAGCUUGGUAAGCGAACUUACUUUGAAGACUUUUGGGAAGUGGAAAAUGCGAAAGGUUUGGGACUUCCAGUGAGCCUUGCUUCGUCUUCUGUUUCUCCGGUGAAGAAAUCGAAAUCCAUUCCUCAAAGGUUACAAACUCCUCACUGUCAAGUUGAAGGGUGUAAUCUCGAUCUCUCAUCAGCUAAAGACUAUCAUCGGAAACACAGGAUUUGUGAAAACCAUUCAAAGUUUCCUAAAGUCGUUGUGAGUGGCGUAGAGCGUCGGUUUUGCCAACAAUGUAGCAGGUUUCACUGUCUCUCUGAGUUUGAUGAGAAGAAACGUAGCUGUCGCCGGCGUCUCUCAGAUCACAAUGCAAGACGUCGCAAGCCAAAUCCUGGGAGGACAUAUGAUGGGAAACCACAGGUGGAUUUUGUAUGGAACAGAUUUGCUCUUAUCCAUCCAAGAAGUGAGGAAAAGUUUCUAUGGCCAAGUUCAAAGCCCGUACCAUCAAGAGGGUUAAUGCCGCAACCUGCAAAGACCGAGACUCCCAAUAAGCUGUUCACCGAGCACAGUAGAUUUGGAUUGUUGGACCCCAAAACCAAAACCGCAAGAGCCGAGUUAUUCAGUAAAGAAAAGGUCACAAUCUCUUCACACAUGAGUACUUCUCAAGAUCUUGAUGGUGCUCUCUCUCUUCUGUCAAAUUCAACAACAUGGGUUUCCUCUGAUCAACCAAGACGUUUUACCCUUGAUCACCAUCCCACAAGCAACCUCCAACCUGUGGCUAACCGUUCUGCGACUCAACUCAAUUCAGUGUCCGGCUAUUGGCAGCCGGAUCCACCCGCAGUUGAAGGCCCGACCGCGCUGCAUAGAAACGGGGUAGGCCAGUUUAAUGAAAACUGCUUCAGCUUGAACCAGUUUUAUAACUGAAAGUGUAUGCCUUUUUAAAUCCUAAUAAGAUAUUUUAUGUUAAGGAUCAGGCAAGCUAGUGUUAAGUUAAGAUAGGAGCUGUGAAACUUGCAAGACACCAAAUCCUCUCUUCUUUUUUGUCCAAAUAUUUCCAUGGGUUAGAGAGCUUUGACAAUUGUCUUAAAAUCAUCUUGUCGUGUUAUACAUUAGGAUUAUAAAUCUUGAUGAAACGC